AUGUUCCAGGCCCUUGAUUCCUCAUUUACGAGCUUGUCGAACCUUGAGUCUGAGUGUCACUUGGUGGCAUUGAUCCAGUUUUUCUCGAGCUUUGCGUGGACAUAUCUAGGGAAGACAGCAACCAAUUGUCUAUAUCAAAUUCUCAUCUUCUCAUCUUCCUCAACUCCCUCCAGAUCCGACGAGGUUGAGAUCGCCUCUGCGCGAUCCCGUCCUACCGAUCAUUACCCAGACGUCUUCACGGACGCGCACGGCACCGUCAGUGGCUCGCCAUUUGUUUAUAAGACGGGUCCACCUUGGCCUAAACGCGACGGCCACCUUUACGUCCGUGAGACUCGCCCUGUGCAUGGUCAUCCCAUCACACCUCUUUGGCCAGAGAUUGCCACGGCCGCUGAUGAAUAUCUCUUGUCUUGCGGAAUCAAGUGUACACCGAUCACAGGCUUUGAGUUUGCUAACGCCGGAGAGGACAAGGCAUUCUGCCCACUUCUAGUCACCAUCGGCGUGACGCCGACGACCGUCUCAUUUCAAGUGGCCAAAGCCUCUGCCGAAAAUGUCCAGAAUAUCGUCAGCCGAGCAGGGUUUCCCAACGUCGAUGUCGCCCUUCCGUCCCUUCAGCCCUUGUCCGGUUCCAUCGCCGAGUUUCGUCAUCCUUUUGCAUCUACCCUUGGUCUCUAUGUGGCCCCGCUCAAGCAUCCUUACUCUGAGGGAACUAUCGGCCUUUACCUCCAACGCAACGAAGAGACCCCUCAGAUCCUUGCCCUCACAGCUGCCCAUGUAAUUCGUCCCCCUUUUCUGUACCACAAUGCAGGAUCAAAGCACACGGAUAACGCACAGCGUCGUGAGGAGAUAGUCAACCUCGGCGGCACGAGCUACGCGGAUGUCACUACUCGCAUAAUGUCUCGAAUUGGCACUCUCCAGGGGGUUAUUGCCUCGCUCAAGAGGAAGAUUAGAAGGCUAAAAAAGCAACAAGCCCAAGGUAGCCAAAGUAUCGAGGUUGAUGCAUCGCUCCGCCAGGCCGAACAGUAUAUGGGUACGACGAGGAGGAACAUUGAGCAAUUGGACAGUCUUCACACGAAAGUUACAAAAUUUACAACAAACGCAAAGCAGCGUGUCAUUGGCUCCGUCUUCCACGUCGAUCCCAUCCGUCUCUCUCCCACCCUUGACUCCUCUGAUACAGGAAAGAGGUUUAUCAUUGACUGGAAGAUGAUUAAAAUCAACCAAGACGCUAGUGAUCAUACAGGAGGGUGGGUCAAGGAGGAAGAAUACGCUAGCCUCAUGUUUCCUCACCCCUCGGACCGUGGUGAGCCCGAGUCCGAGUACCCGCAAGAUGGCCUCCUCCAGAUCUCCGGCGUCGUACCAGAGGAGAUUUGCCACUCCAGGCAGCGUAAAGCCAAUGGCGAAGCGGCUAUGCCCGUCAUCAAGAAUGGCCUGACCACCGGCACCACUGUUGGCUGGGUGAACGGGCUCGACUCACUUGUCCGUCUUUACACAAACUACGGCCUCGAAUGUACCUCAUUUGAAACCACUGUUCUACCUUAUGGCGAGCGUGGCGCCUUCUCCGACGACGGGGAUUCUGGCUCGAUCAUCCUCGAUAGAGGUGGCCGUAUUGUCCCCCUGCUCACUGGUCGUGGUGGUACAGCCAGAGAUACCGAUGUCACCUUUGCGACUGCGUGGUAUAAACUCGAGCCGCACAUCCAGAAGACGUUGCCUGGCUGCUCCCUAUACCCGCCCGUCCCCAACAAUGAAGACGACUAA